GUAUGAAGAAAACAGACUGUCAUUGACUAUGUGGACAAUCUGGGUGAUAAUCUUCUGGAUUUCAACUGUCCCGAUCAAAGCUGUUCCACCUAUCUGUGACCUCCUGAGCGUCCUGAAAAGGGAGGAAGAAAAGUGUGCUGAGACUCUCUCCCAGGAGGCACAGAACAGAACGACUGAAAAUGAUCUGCUCCUGAGCUCAGGCAGGUGUGCUGGAAUGUGGGAUAACAUGAGUUGCUGGCCUUCAUCCACUGUGGGACAGACUGUCAAUGCUCACUGCCCUGAAUUCUUCCAGAUGCUGACUGGGAAAAAAGGUUUUGUCUACAGAAAUUGUACAAGUGAGGGCUGGUCAGACCCGUAUCCAAGACCUGAUAUUGCUUGUGGCUACAAUGUCAAUGACACAACCAACGAGGCAAGACGUUCCUAUUUCAUGACCUUGAAGACCAUGUACACCGUCGGAUACUGCACCUCCCUCGUGACGCUAAUCAUAGCCUUAGCGGUCCUGGCCUCUUUCAGAAGACUUCGCUGCACAAGGAACUACAUCCACAUGCAUCUCUUCACAUCGUUCAUUUUGCGAGCCUCAUCCAACUUCAUCAAGGAUGCCGUUUUGUUUUCCUCCGAAGACAUAAAUUACUGUGGGGCACAGACGGCUGGCUGCAAGCUCACCAUGGUCUUCUUUCAGUAUUGCAUCAUGUCUAACUACAGCUGGCUCCUCGUGGAGGGACUGUACCUCCACACUCUCCUGGUUAUUUCUUUCUUCUCGGAAAGGAAGUUCCUCUGGUGGUUCAUUGUCCUCGGAUGGGGUGCCCCAACCGUGUUUGUGGCUGCAUGGGCGACUGCCAGGCAGCUCCAUGAAAAUAUUGGGUGUUGGGACAUUAACACUAAUGCCAAUACCUGGUGGAUCAUUAGAGGCCCCAUAGUUUUGUCUAUUUUUAUUAAUUUCAUUCUCUUUGUCAACAUUUUAAGAAUCUUGAUGAGGAAGCUCAGCUCACCUGAAAGACGGAGCAGUGAUUUCAACCAAUACAAGAGACUUGCAAAGUCAACGCUCCUUCUCAUCCCUCUCUUUGGGGUUCACUACAUCAUCUUUGCUUUUUUCCCUGAAGAUGCAAGCAGCGGCACAGUGGAAAUUCAGUUGUUUUUUGAAUUGGCUCUUGGAUCAUUCCAGGGCUUUGUUGUGGCCGUACUUUAUUGUUUUCUUAAUGGUGAGGUUCAGCUGGAAGUUCAGAGAAAAUGGAGGCAGUGGCAUUUAAGCAAACACUUGCGUCAGCAUCUCAGCACCUCAGCGAGUAACGGAGGAAGCGGCUUGACUCAAGAGAUGCACAUGGUGAGGUCGAGCCCACCAGAGCACAGGAGAGAAACCCUCCAAAGAUCAAGCGUGCUUUAACACUGUAUGCCUGGAGGAUACCUCCAUGCUCAGAUACACAUGGCUAAGUCCCAUGGGCUGAGCUG